GCUGUUGCCAUGACGCCGGGGCGGGGGCGGGGCGCGGCCCGGGCCCGCGCCCCAUGGAGGCGGUGGCCGCCGCGCCGGCGGCCGAGGACGUGCGGCGCUGGCUGGAGGCGGAGGGCGCCGACCCCGCCGCCCCGGCGGAGCAGCAGCUGGGUCUGGCGUGGCGGCUGCUGCGGCGCAGCGAGGCCCAGCUCCGAGCCGCCGCCCGCCGCCUCGGCGACCUCGAGCGGCGCCGCGCCGAGGAGAUGCGCGAAGUGGAAAGCUACGUUGGUCACGUCCGUAACUUGACAGAGGAACAAGAUGCCAUUACCACUGAAUACGAAAGAGAAAAUGAGCAGCUCAGGCUUGAGCUGACAGAACUGCAGCUUCAACAGGAAGCCCAGCUGAAGGAGGUCGAGGAGAUGCUGGAACAGGAAGGCUUGUCCGAAAUAGCUCACAGUAAUGCCAGUGAACAGAUUGCUUAUUUACUGGUAGAGAGAACCACGCUGCUGGAGAAACUGGAGAUUGCAGAUCAGAAGCUGAAUUCACACAGCUACGUGAACAGGCUGUGUGCAGCACAGCUUCAGGGUGAGUUUGAUCACAUUCAUCAGACGUUGGCAGAUGAACUCCAACAGCAGUGUGAAUCCAUGCGGUGUACUAAAGAGGCAAUGAAUAAGUCUUGCAGGGCAGAGCUGGAGAGGGAACAAGCAUUGCGCGCAGGAGUUGAACGAGAUCUUGAUGAGGCCACACAGAGACUGCAGAUGGCCCACGAAGAGAUCCAAAGGCUGACAGACGAGCUGGAUGCGCAAAGAAAGGAGCAGAGCGAAAAAGCCCUGCAAAUGCCCGAGAGCUGGGAAGAAGGAGUGAAUGAACAGAGAGAGAGUGAUAGGACUGAGCUGCAGAAGGCCAUGGAGCAAAACAGCAGAUUGGACAAGGAAAUUCUGGCACUGCGAGCCCGGAUUCAAACGCUCGACUUGGAAAGAAAAGCUUUCCUUGAUCUGGUUGAACAGCUCAAAGAGGAGAUUUGCGAGUAUCAGAAGAGUGAGAAACAAGGACUUCCAUUCCCCGCACCAGAUGAGACUGAAGAAGUUGCAGUGUGCUCACUGCAGACACAGGGCACAAAGGAUGAAGGGAGGGUUGAAGGAGACUGUGUUUCAGGCCACGCUGGCUUGGAUCAAGACAACAGAUAUCAGGAUAGUGAAAUACUUCAUAAAAGGUGCCGAGAGGUGAUUGAGAACAUUGAGGGCAGGAAUUCGCAGCUCCUUCACAAGCUGCAGAAAUUGGAGCAGGAGCACGAGGAUUUGGUUGAGCGCAAUGAAGAACUGGAAUCUAUUCUAGGAGAUGCACAGAUCCAAACCAAGCAGGAGAAGGAGCACUUUGAGAGUGAGGUAGAGGGACUUCACCAGAAAAUCACAAGUUUAGAGAUGGAAUUACUUGAAGUGCAGAAGAACAAAACUGGGAUGAGUGGAGAAGAGCAAGCAUCGACUGAUGGAACACAAGAAAUGCGAGAGAUGCUGGAAAGCUGUCAGGAAACGAUAGAAAAGUUGGGAAGUCAGCUGGGAGAGCGGAGAGAACGGAGAAAGCAACUUGCAUCUGAACUUGAACUGUUACGAGAAGAUCUGAAGGCCGAAAAGAAGGAAUUGCCUGACUCAAAAUCAGAGCUUACAAGCCAUUCUAAUGACUUCCAGAAUCUCCAAAGAACAUCAGCAAACAGGGAUUUCAUUAAAGUAUCCCAUGAGAAGCUACAAAAAGAUAAUGCUUUAUUAGAUACAGAGGUCUCUGAACUCCUACAAGAACAUGACCAAAUUAACAAACUCAAGCAGAAACAUGAAGAUUUAACUACAGAUGAAAAGACGUGUGAAGAACUGAUGGCUAAAGUAGUAUUUUUGGAAGAAUGGAUCCAUAACUUGAGGGCUGAACAAGAAGUGCUCUGUUCUGAAUUACUAGAAAGCAACAAGAAGAGGGAGGAGCUAGAAAAGCAGCUAAAGGAGAGCAAUGAAGAAAAAGAGUUGUUACUGGAGGAAAUUGCCCAGCUAAAACAAGAUAUCCUGGCUAAGUGGGAGCAGCGUGACAGCAUGGAUGAAGAAGCUUUGAGGAUGAAUCAAGGCAUGAUCCAUAGAGAGAACAAAUUUCUCUUAUCACAGAGUUCUGCAGGCAGUUUAGAUGGGAGCAUUAAACAGAGUCUGUCCGAAGAACGAUUCCAGCAACAGGAGGAAAAAAUGCGGCAGCUGCGGCAGGAUCUGCGUCGUGUUCAGAACUUGUGCAGCUCAGCUGAGAGGGAGCUUAAAUAUGAAAGGGAGAAAAACAUCGACUUACAAAAGCAAAAUCUCUUGCUCCAGCAGGAAUGCACCAAGGUCAAAGCUGAGCUGAAGCAAGCCCGCGCAAAGCUUUUGGACACAACUGAAACGUGCACCUCUCUCUCAGCACAGUGGGAAAAAAGCCAGCAGAAGGUCAAAGAGCUUGAACAAGAGCUCUUGAAGUGCUCCCAGGCUGAUACACUGCAAAGUAGCCUGCAAGAGAAACUUUCACAGGAGAAGUCCAAAGUAUGCGAAGCACAAAAAAAGAUCUCAAAGCUCCAGCAAAAGCUGAAGGAAUCACAACACCAGCUCCUUCUGGCAGAGGCCCGCAUUUCAGACAAGAAGCUCCUGGAGGAGGAAUUGAAAGAGGCCCGAGAAAAUGAAGCUCGAGUGCAGCAAGAACUCCAUGAGGAGUGCCUGAAAAGGAAGCUACUGGAGCAGCAGGUGGAGGAGCUGCGGCAGCAGCUCCGGCACUCGCGUGAGACAGAGGCAUCACUGGCGAAGAUGCAUGUGGAGCUGCAGGCCAAGACUCUGCAUGUCCUAGAAGAUGAGAGGAAAACAGACUCCAGCGAGCAUCUCCAGUGUCACAAAGAGAACCAGAAGCUUUCAGAGCAGCUUUCACUGCUGAAGGAGGAAAACAAAGCCCUUUAUGAAGAAGGAGUACGUCUCCUGAACCAGAAGGAUCUGUAUGUCAGGAAAUACAAUGAAAUGCAGCUCCGCCACAAGGACAAGAUCCGCAGAGCGAAGGAGACGUUUAUCCAUGAGGUGAAACAAAGGGACACUAAAAUUAAGCAGCUUGAAAGUGAGCUCAGCGAGUCAAAGCUCCAAGUGGAAAAGGGGAAGGUGCUGAUUGCACAGAUCACUGCAGAGAAUGAGAAAUUACUCCAGGAAAGAAGACAGCUCCUCCAGAAGAUCUCUGACCAGGAGGAGACCCCUUGGAGCAGCAAGUCUAUGAUUGCUGCUCUCCAGAGCAGAAUGAAGGUCCUGGAUGAGGAGAGUGCGCGACUGCACGAGAGCCAACUCCAGCUCUCCAGCCACGUGCAUGCCUCGCAGCGCGCUCUGAGGAGCAUCCUCGCUCCCAGCACGGAGGACUUGAAGAGUGUUAACUUCCCUGAACGCCAACUACAGAGUAAGAUGUUGCCAUCUCCCUGUAUCAGCUUCCCGGCACAAGAACUGCCAGACUCCCUCAGCACCCUGAAGGCCACACAAGACACCAAGCCUGAAGAAGGAGCUGAAAGCCAGGACUCCUCCUUUUGCUUAUCUCCUUCUCAGCCUUCCGAGAUUGGGUACUUAAACCUAGCUUCGCCCGGAGACACCACAGUCUCCCAACUGCAGGAGGAGAGUCAGAGCAUCAGCUCUGAGAACUUCUAAGUGGGGAAGACCCUUGUCAAAUAUGCGCUAGCUGGACUGCAAGGGCUGGGCUUUGGUUGCCACAGGAUGCCAAGGACUGCAGGAGAGAGAAUUGCCAAAUGACUUGUUCAGUGAUUUCUGUGAUAUUUUUCAACUAAAUUCUUCCAUGGUGAUUUUUAACUUUACCCAACUGCAGAUGUGUGUGUGCGUCAUCCCCCAUGCAGCUCGAUGGUUGAAAUUCACAGAUCAGUGCAGUAGAGAAGAGGGGAGGGGUGAAGUAUAUGUUCCACUGAACCCUAAUUCCCUGUCCAGUCCAAACUCCCAUCUUUGUAAAUAAAGAUUGGACAAGUUCCCCUA